CCCGUUUGUAAUGCAGACCAUUGACGAUCAAGACCAAUGCCAGCCGCAGCACUUUGCGGAGCACAGCGAAGUGGCAGCGCUGGUCGCCGUGGUCUGCGCGGCCAUCGAGCAGCCGUCCCAAGCCACUGCGCCUGCGACCAACCCUGCUGAGGAGGAGGAGGAGGAGCUCCACAAGCUGACGCGUGCAUGCGAACGUAUCGCAGAUGUGCUGCAGCGGUACCAAGAGUUGCCGCAACUGCUCGACCGCCAUCUGCGAAUGCUCGUGUCGCCGCUCAUGGGCGCGCUGCGGACUGCCAUGCACCGCAUUGGUACGAGUGCAGUUGCAGGGCAGCCAUCGACCUUGCAGGGAAAUGUUGCGGCGGACGUGGCGAGACUCGAUGCUGCCGCUCGGUUGCUGUACGCGCUCUGCAAAGUGCGCGGAUUCAAGACCAUCACCAAUCUCUUCCCAAACGGAGUUGCAGAUUUGCAUGAAGCGAUGACAUACAUGCGCUGGAGCACAAGCAAUCGCGUUGGCAGUGCUCGCGAGCCGUGGGAGACGACAUACGUCCUGCUGCUUUGGCUGUGGGUUUUGGCCGCGAUUCCGUUCAGCCUGGCAAUCAUUGACGCUCAAGCGGCAGACGAUUUGGUAGCAGUGUGCAUGGCGCGGCUCCCGCAGGGUGGCAAGCCCAGUGAGGCUGCAGCGUUGGUGCUUUCACGGUUGCUGACACGACCCGACCUGUGUGAAAAGCAGCUUGGUGGUGUGCUGGAAGUGGCUAUCAGGGACUUGUCAAGCUCUGCGACUGCAGGUGCCUCCAUGUCCCACGUCUACAAGCUCAUUGGCGUGCUUGCGCUGCUCACAAGCCUGUUCCAAGCUGCACGGCGGGCCGAUUUGGCCCACGCCGCUCCAAAAGUCAUGGCUGCGCUAGAAACCAGCCAGCAGCUCACAACCAGCACCAACGCCCUGGUCAUCAAGCUUUGUAUCAAACUGUCUCAGAGAUUGGCGUUGGCGCAACUCAAGCCUCGCUUGGCGGCAUGGAGGUACCAACGUGGUGCGCGAAGCCUCACUGGAAACCUUGCUGGAAGUGCCGAAACACAAUCCAACUCCACGGAACCCCACCCCGCAAACCAAGAAGCAGAAGAACAAGAAAAAGAAGACGACAGCUUCCUCGAUCACGACACAGAUCCUGCUGUUGUCGAAAGUGCCAUCGAGCACAUGCUGGGAGGAUUGCGCAACAAGGACACGAUCGUCCGCUGGUCUGCAGCAAAAGGCAUUGGCCGCAUUACCGCCCGACUGCCCCUGUUCAUGGCAGACCAAGUGGUGGACGCAGUGAUUGCGCUUGCUUCACCGUCUGAGCUGGAACAUGCGUGGCAUGGCAGCUGCUUGGCUGUAGCAGAAUUGUCACGCCAUGGUCUCAUCUUGCCUGCCCGACUCGCGGAUGUUGUUCCAAUUGUCCUCAACUGUGUCACCUAUGAUGUCCGUCGGGGUGCUACGAGCGUCGGUAGCAAUGUGCGUGAUGCGGCUUGCUAUGCGUGUUGGUCGUUUGCGCGUGCGUACACACCAGAGACGCUGCUGCCCUUCCUCCCUGCGCUCACAACAGCGCUCGUGGUUCAAGCGGUGUUUGACCGCGAGGUGAAUUGUCGAAGAGCGGCAUCCGCUUCUUUGCAAGAACUGGUGGGACGCCAAAAGGGCAGCGUCCCCAAUGGCAUUGACAUUAUCGUGCUUGCCGACUAUAUCGCUGUCGGCAACAUCCGACAUGCCAUGCUCGAGGUGGCACCCGCCAUCGCAGCCAUUCACCCUCGGCAGUAUGCCACGGCUAUGGUCAAGCACCUCGUGCGAUACACGUGCAAACACUGGGAUGCCAGCAUGCGACAGCUCGCGGCUGCUGCCUUGCAUCGGCUCACGUUUGUCCAUCCAGCUUGCAUGGUGGAGCCCAGCACUGCCGCCAAGCAGGCCCAAUCUCCCGUCGAAAUGCUACUCUCUAGCACUGCCGCGGUGGAUACGGUUACACGGCACGGCGCCUUGCUGGGACUGGGAUGUAUCGUCCACGGGCUCUCCAUUGUCCAGUCGCUUGCAGCGGAGCGCUCAAAGCUCAAGGAGCAGCCAAGCAGCGGUGGGUGGUCGGACGAUGUCGCCAAGUUUGUGGACACACCUCAAUUUUGGAAAACGGCGGCGCUGCAGGUGCCGUCGUCGACGGCGUUGGAGAUUGCCCUGCUUCCCCAGACGUUCGAAGCCAAUGCUCCACUCUUGAAGGGUGCCACGGGAGAGUUGCUCAUAACUGGCAUUUGCGUCCUCAUUCACCGAUUGUGCAUCGCCGGAGUGGCGGAGGGUGUCCGUGCUCACCGGGCGGAAUCGACGCCAGGAAUCGACUUUGCGGCCUGGCAGCGGAUUGUCGACCGUCGUUUGUUCCGAGACGUCGAAGAUUACUCGGAAGCGGUUGACGCCUUCUACAGCAUGGCAUUCCAUCUGCAAACAGAGGAUGCGGAGCUCCUUGCAUUGGUGGAUCGCUACCUUGCGGCGUGCGACCCCACGUCUACUGCCGCCGCCACCCCGCGAGAAGGUAUCAUCCAAGCAUUAGGGCGAUUGCCAGUUCAGCGAUUGCUGCCGCAGUAUACAUCGGCCGAGACGGCCUCGGCUCCGGCAGCGCUGACCCGAUUGUUUGCAUCGCUCGCGCGGAUGGUGCGCACUCGCGACGGCCCUCAUGCCGUCACUGCUGGCGCCCGCAAAUGCGCUGCAACAUCGCUCGCCAGCCUGACUUUAGCCCUCCACGAACAACUUGAUUCGUCCAACUUCACGUUGGCCGCGACCUCCGCUCUGAAUCGGUUUCUGCCCGAGACCCUCGACGCUCUCCUCACUGGCCUGCUCGAUUAUACCAUUGACAACCGCGGAGACAUUGGCUCUUUGGUGCGUGAGGCAUGCAUUGCGGCACUUGGCAAUAUUUUCUCGCGCUUUUACAACGAGACGGCUGAGAAUCCGGCGGCGGUCGGAUUACUUUCACAUUUCACUCCAUCCGACAAAGCAAGCGUUGCUACUAUGUUUGCUCGGUCACUCGUUCGGAUGUCAUUGGAAAAGAUUGAGAGGACCAGAGACCAAGCAGGGCAGACGCUCAGUCGCCUUGCAAGCUUGGCACGCGUUUCGAGUGACUUGUUGCACGCGACCGAGAUCCAACAGCUGCUCCCAUUGUCUUCCGACAUCCAGUGGCUGUCUCCUGCAUCAUGCUUUCCUGUGGCGGUCCAUUUCUUACACAUGGAGGCAUACCGUCACGAUGCCCUGUGUGGCUUGUUAAUCAGCAUUGGAGGGCUGACCGAAUCUCUUGUUCGCUUCUCCCACCUUGCGCUCGUGCAGCUGGUUCGCGACAUUCGGCAACCAGAACACUGUCAGCAAUUGGCCACCGCUCUGGUCGAUGUCUUCCGAACGUAUCGCAAGGUUGAUCGAGUGUCGAUUCCAAUUCUCAAAGCUCUUGAUAUUCUGUUGAACGAUGGUACUUUGGCCUUGUUGCUGGAGAAGGGCGGAUCGGACUCCUUGGUACCGAGCUUGUUUGAGGGAUGCGUUGAAGAACUGGCUCGAUGUGCGGACCCGUCCAAGCUCUUUAUUGGCAUCAACGUCUUUUGUGGAAUGAUGCAGUUUUCUAGCGGCGGAAUUCGAGAGAAGGCGCUGGUGCAAUUGGGCAGCAACCUCGCUCACCGCUUCCCGAAAGUGCGAAAGGCGGCUGCAGAUCAGCUAUUUGUAGCACUCAUGACGUACAGUGACGGAUUGCCCGAGGAUGAUGUCGCAGCUGCCUCUGACGUGCUCAGCGAGGCGCUUUGGGACGGAUCCAUCGACGAAGCCAAGUCAAGUCGCGAUCGUGUCUGCGCGCUCCUUCACAUUGCUUCACCUGGCCUCUGACGUUCCGACAUCCGCGAUGAUCAAAGUUUUCCAGGGUCUGGUUGCAGAUUGUAAUUUUGUACUUUUACGAAUUGAGUUCAAUUGUGUUUG